AUGACAUCGAUAAAACCGUUCCAAUUGGAAGACCUCCUCGACGCGAACCCCAUCAACCUCGACCCCUUGACAGAAAACUUCAACGUAUCAUUCUACUCGCACUACUUGAUCAACCACCCCAACCUAUUCUACAAGUCAAUAGAAGCACCCGGGGGCCAAAUGAGCGGCUACAUGAUGGCCAAGACCGAAGGACAGAUGCAGAAGCUUGAAUACCACACCCACAUCACCGCCGUGACGAUCCAGGACCAAUACAGACGGAUAAACUUGGCGUCGAAGCUAUGUCUUGCCCUCGAGCAGAUCCGCGAGGUGCAAGCUUGCUUGUUUAUUGACUUGUUUGUCAAAGUGACUAAUUCGUUGGGGAGGAAGUUGUAUGAAAAGUUGGGGUAUGGCGUGUAUCGACGGGUGGUUGGGUACUAUGGUGGUGGGCGAGAGGUCCCGGAUCGGAAUUCGUUGGAUGACGAUAUUGAUGCGUUUGAUAUGCGCAAGCGUCUACCUUUGGAUAAAGACGGACGGACUGUGCGGGAAAUGGGGGAAAAGGUCUAUGUCUUGCCGAAUGAAGUUGUCUUUUGA